AGGAACCUAGUGUCAAGAUGUGGUAGAACUUGACCAACAGCCGGUCCAGUGAUAGCGCCAAUCCCACUGUGGUGCGCUGACCUGGCUAUACGCUGAACGUGAUGCCGCGAGAGGCUUGGUAACGCUUCGGGACGUUGGCACUGUGGCUUACUAAGCAGGUUGUUCCGCAUACCACCACCACCCGCAGAAUCUCUCACAACAUCCAGCUUGCUGUACGGAGACAUACUUACUAUCCGUCUUGCCUGCCCAAUAUAGAAAAGAUCAGCAAUGCGUUCUAAAGUCAGUCCCGUGGUGGUCUUGUCGAUUCUGUGGCUAUACACUUGCAAGCUCACAAUCGCCACCCCGGAAAGCAAUCGAGCUAACAUCCAACUACCGUUUCUGCCUACAGAUGACUACAGCUACGGAGGAGAGCACGAGUUUACAUUGAGACAUAUCUACCAUAAAGGCUCUCAUCGCUAUCCCAGUCUUCACCGCCGGAUCGACAUCAGACCUAAUACGGUACUCGCAUAUGAGAGUGACGGAGAGCCAAUCCCUAUACAGUCAUCGUUUCAUGUUCGAUCAAAUGCUCUAACCAUCCAACGCCUCUCCGACCGUCGGCAGCAUGUUGUCGAUGGCAUACUGAAAGCAGGAGAACUCCAGGGAGAAGCCUUGUCAUUUUCACCAGAAGCCUGGACGGUUGACAAGAUCCCUGGCCCUAAUGUUACUGACAAGGAGACUGUUCUAGCUUUUGCUCACAUGGCUGCAAAUGCAUACGUCACUCUGCCUCGCAAGGGCGACUGGGUCGAUGUUGGUGGAGGUUUCAACUACACCGAAGACUUCGGAUGGGAGACCGAUGGAUUGCGCGGCCAUAUCUUUGCCGACACUGAGAACAAGACUGUGAUCAUUGGCCUCAAGGGCACUUCUCUAGCCUUCUUCGACGGUACCGAGACUACGGAUCAUGACCUCCUCAAUGAUAAUUUGUUCGGAAGUUGCUGUUGUGGUCAAGGUGGUCAAUAUGCCUGGAAGAAGGUUUGUGAUUGCCAGACAUCGACACUUACCUGCGACUCGACUUGUCUUGUUCAGAGUCUCCGAAAGAAGAGCAACUAUUAUCACGCGGCUCGACACCUUUACCAUAACGUCACAGCAUUAUAUCCGAAUGCAGAUAUAUGGCUGACGGGACACUCUCUUGGCGGCGUUGUGUCUGCGCUUCUUGGACAAACCUUUGGUCUUCCAACACUUACCUACGAGGCUUUUCCAGAUGCCCUUGCUGCCCAUCGGCUCGGUCUGCCUACACCGCCUGGCCACCGUAUCGGAAGCCAAGGAGUUCAACAUCACUCGGGCAUCUAUCAUUUUGGCCACACUGCCGAUCCAGUGUAUGUUGGCAGCUGCAAUGAAUUCGAUUCGGCUUGCACGCUCGCAGGUUACGCAUUCGAGAGCAAGUGCCAUACGGGUUACAACUGCACCUAUGACACUGUUGGUGAUCUCGGCUGGGGUGUGUCUAUCACCAACCACAGAAUAGGUGUCGUGAUCAAGGAUGUUAUCGAGAGAUACAACUCAACUCCAACCUGCAAACGGGACCUCGAUUGCUCGGAUUGUGGCGAGUGGACUUACUUUGAGGGUAAUCAGACAAGGACUGCAACCAGUAGCUCUACGACCCUAGCCAUCUCAACGUCACGAACUGCUACUACUACUACUACUAGCACUCCCACAUGUCUUACGCCAGCAUGGUGGGGUUGUCGGGAUGAGACGACAACGACUGGAACGACCGCAACAUCAAAGGUCUAAUACGAAAGCUGUAUGCUCGACAAAGGGUUGGUUCGGUUGCAAGGAUGAGUCUACGGCUUCUACAAGCACUACCAUGACAGCAGCCAGCGUCACAAACAGCAAACUUCCGGCAGAGUGAAAAUGCAAACCUUCCCGAUUCAGGAACCUGUCUGUGGAAGACAGGAACGCAACAGCUCUCCGCGAGGUAUUGUCCCAUUUUCUCAGACAUAGCAUUCCUCUCGAUAGCAGAAUCUCGUUCCUCGAAUCUACUGUUCCUUUCGUCGAGCACUCGAGGGCAGAGAUUGACAAACCCGACCACGAAGGGAAACCACAAAAAAGCAAACUCGAGGA